AUGUCUCAGUCUAAUAAUGACACUAGCAGCGGCGAAGAAAUUGACAUUGAACAUUUAACUCACGAGCCUAGCGUAGUGAUAGAAGCUUUACCAAACCUGCCAACACAACUUCGGAAAUUGUUGAAACGCGAAACAGAGCUACAUCUAAGAAUCGAUGAGCUUAUGGACGAAAUUGCAAAUUUAGAAGCAAUUACAGGUACAAGUGUGGCACAUGAACCGGGUCCCGAAGUGGAGAACGAUGCUCGAUGGGAAGAAUUCGAAGCGCCAGAUUGGUGUAUUCCUAUCAAGGCUAAUGUGCUGACUUUUGAUUGGGAUGAACUCGCAAAUGAAUGCCAAUUCGACGUAAUUCUCAUGGACCCACCAUGGCAACUUGCGACUCACGCACCCACACGCGGUGUAGCCAUUGCGUAUCAACAACUUCCCGACGUGUGUAUCGAGGAAUUGCCGAUCGCGAAACUACAACAGAACGGAUUCCUCUUCAUUUGGGUCAUCAAUAAUAAAUAUGCGAAGGUGUUCGAUAUGAUGAAGAAGUGGGGAUAUACGUACGUAGAUGAUAUCACAUGGGUUAAACAGACCGUAAAUAGAAGAAUGGCAAAAGGUCAUGGGUUCUAUUUGCAACAUGCCAAAGAAACUUGUUUAGUAGGAAAAAAGGGAAUAGAUCCACCAGGAACUCGAUAUUCUAUUUCAUCAGAUGUGAUAUUUUCCGAAAGACGAGGCCAAAGCCAAAAACCCGAAGAAUUAUACGAAAUGAUUGAAGAACUCGUACCAGAUGGAAAAUAUCUUGAAAUAUUUGGACGAAAAAAUAAUCUCCGUGAUUACUGGGUUACGAUAGGAAACGAAUUGUAA